AUGUCUGAGACCGAGAACAUGGCGAGUACUUCUCCGGCAGCUGUGGCGUCAGAGGCCGUAGUUGCUCCAGACUCUACCGUCACUACCGGUGAUUCCACCACAGAAAACGUCGAUGGCGGCCUUAUUACCGCCGAUGAGGUCAUAUUAGACGAUGAUGUCUCGCUUGCCGAAUCAGAUGCUGCUUUGUCGAGCACAAGCGUGACGAGCUCGGUCUUCGAUUACCGAGUGGAAAACGGACGGACUUAUCACAAGUACAAAGACGGCAAAUACUAUAUCCCCAAUGAUGAUAGAGAGAACGAAAGACUUGACCUGCAACACAACAUGGUGAUUCGAUCUUGCGGCGGUCGACUGGGAAGUGCUCCACCGAACGCGCCUGGCGCAAAGGUCGGGCGGGUACUCGAUCUCGGGACGGGCUCUGGUGUUUGGGCCAUCGACUUCGGGGACGAGCAUCCCGAGGCUGAUGUACUGGGCAUCGAUUUGUCCCCUAGCCAGCCUGAGUUCGUGCCCCCUAACGUCCGGUUUGAAAUCGACGAUGUCGAAGAGUCCUGGACAUUCUCGAUCCCCUUUGACUAUAUACAUAGCAGAGGAAUGACCUCUAGCGUUGGUGACUGGGAUAAAUAUCUCCGGCAAGCCUAUGACCAUCUCAGUCCCGGUGGGUACCUCGAGCUCAUUGAGAUAAACUCCAAACCCCUCUGCGACGACAACACUCUCCCGGAGGACUCACCUCUUGUCAAAAGCGUUCAAAUGCUGGAGAAGGCAGCAGCCAUCUUUGGCCGUCCCUUUGUGGACGUCCACAGUCUCAAGGAUAAGAUGAUAGAGAUCGGUUUCGAAGACGUCCACAUGCAGCGCUUCAAAUGGCCUACGAACGGGUGGCCUAAAGACAGACACUACAAGGAACUCGGCAUCUGGAACUACGAGAACUUUGCAAUGAACUGGGAAGCAUUCGUGAUGGCCCCCUUGACCAGAGCUCUCGGGUGGACAAAGGAAGAGGUGCUCGUACACGUCAUGGAAGUUCGUAAGGAUCUCGGAAACCGAAACAUCCAUGCGUACUUUUCUCUCUGGUCUAUCUGGGGUAGAAAGCCCAUGAAAGCUCCUCAGACAUCAGCAACCUGA